AUGAAGUUAUUACAAGUCAUCAUAGCAAUUGUUUCAUUGUUGAUUGCAUCUGUUGCUGCAUCAUCAUCAUGGGUGACCAUUGAAACCUUUAACGAACCACAGUGCAAUCUUGAAAGUUCAAGUAUCGGAGGUGUUGUUCUUCAAUCUGGAGUGUGUUUCAAGAAUCAAAUCAUCACGUGUGGUGCCAACAAUGAAAUCACAGUCGAAAACUAUGGCACCGACGAUUGCUCCUCUUCACCAUCCAACUCUACCUCUUUUGCUUCGGGUGAGUGUCAAAAAGCUGGUUCUUCGUAUGGUUUCUUUAGAACUUACAAUUGUUCCUCUGUCUUGCCACCAUACCCAUCGUCCUCUUUAACAAUCUCUACCUACACUGGAUGUAAUUUACAACCAUCCAAGCUUACUCAAUACCGUUGGAUGCCAACCUUUAAAUGUAUGGCUAUUACUAGACGUGAUCUAAAAGGAUCUGGAACAGGAUCAGGAUCUGGUUCUGGUUCUGGAACUGCAACUGCAUCUUCUUCUGGAUCGGGAUCAGGACCACACUCUGCAUCAAGUGGUAUAUCAUCCUCAUCUGGAUCUGGAUCAGGACCAGCUUCUGCUUCAAGUGGAACAUCAUCAAGCGGAAAGAUUUCAUUCUACAAGAUUCCUCUCAUCCAAGGUGUCGCCCCACAAGAUCACUUGUCAAAGUACUGGGACUUUUUAGAUAGUAUCAGUUUUGCCUCUUUUUUCGACGAUGAAGAAGAGGUUGGAUCAGGGUCAUCAGCAAGACCAGUUGGAACAUCUGGAACUGGUCUCACUGGAACUGGAUUUGGAACUGGUACCUCUACCACUGGUGACAGUAAUACAGCCAACUCUGUCCUCUUUGGGUUGGUUCAAUGCAACUCUACCAACAACUGGGUCUACACCUUUGCCGAUGGCAAGGUUGAAACUGCAACUGCUGGUUCUGUAAUGUCAACCGGACAAUAUAGCUCUGGAACUCCAUACAAAAUGUUUGCCACUGGAGGUCAUGCCACCAUGUCUGAAGGAACUGCCACCUCUGGCUCUACUGGUCAUCACAUGUCUGAAGGAUCAGGUUCAGGAUCUGGUUCUGGAUCAUCAACUGGAUCAGGAUCAUCAACUGGAUCACAUCAUCUAAAUGGAUGUAGCAUUCAACCAAAUGCAGGUGGUGUUGGUAAAAACAUUAAUCAAUGUCUUUCAAAUCAAUUGUAUUCAGUUUCAUGA